AUGCUUACUACCUGGCUUGCAUCCGCCAGUUGGUUCAACACAGUCACGAACUACCCGCCCGUCAUCUCAUUCGCCAUCAACCACAAUGCUAUGGGCAGCCUCAAAGACACGACCACGAACCUGAAGAAUGGCCAAAGAUUCGCCGUGAACAUCAUCAGCAAGGCAUUCAUUGAGAAUGCAAAUGCAACUGCUAUAGAUGCUCCUCCCAACUUCGACGAGUGGGCUCUCAGUGGUCUGACAAAGGAGAAAUGCAUACACGUGCAAAUAAGAGCCUCACGUGUCAAGGAAAGCGCUUUUAGCAUGGAAUGUGAGCUCUACAAAUCGAUAGAUAUUACCUACCCAGUCACAGGCGAGCACAGCAGCAUGCUCAUCCUCGUGCACAUCAAGUAA